AUGGACGGCGGCGAACUUCCGAAGCCCGUUCCUGGCACCAAGGCAGAGGCCUUGGACAAGAUCAAAAAAGCCACUGAACUCGCAGUGAAGUACCAGCAGCAAGAGUCCCACUAUAGGGACCUCGGCAAAGAGGCCCUCGAAAAGGUCUUGUAUUGGCAAGACAUCGCCGAUAAACUUCCUGAUGUUCCUGCCGCUGAAACUAUUGUGGCUGAGAGACUCGCGGCCCUUAAGGCCGAAAAGGCCAAGGAGGAGGAGGAAAAGAAGACCAAGACAGAGUAA